UGAUUGCAGGGCAGGUGUUCCUGUGUGUGCAACUGAGCGUCCAUGCUCAAUUUAUGUUCUUUAUUUUUUUUUGCUUUAAUCUGACCAGAUUUUAGUAGUUUAUAUUGAGAUAAGUUCUUUUUAUCAAUGAAGAAUUUGCUACUGCAUUCUUAAAUGCUUUAUGUGAUUGGCAGUUUGUACUGUUGAUCUGAAAUGAGCCAGUCUACCGGUCCAGGGGGACCUCACCCCCUCACCCCCGCCACCUCUGACACCACCCCGUCCCCCCCUCAGUCGUGGGUACAGUUCGAUAACGACGAGCGGCCUCAGCAGGAGCUCCCCACAGCCCCCAGUUCCCCCAGUGGGGUAGCAGCCCUCCCCCCGCCCCCCACCAAAGCGGCCGCCACCGCCACCGCUGCUGCCGCCGUCAUCGACGCGCACGCCGUGCAGGUGUCGCUGGGGACAGGACGGGCGGCCUCCAGGACCGUGUCCGAGCCUCACGCCAGCAACGGCAGCGCGCAGCCCAUAUCAAGUGCGCUGAGAAGUCCCUCGUCAGCAGUGGGCACCCUGCACACUGUCCAACUGUCCGAGGCCCCCAUCACCCCACCUACACCCAUCACCUCCCCCAUCAGACAAGGCUUUGCUAACGGUGACGUGAUCGUGACGCUGCUGCCGCAGAACACGCACAUGGCGUGGAUCACUCCCGCCACCUUCAGGCCGGAGCUCGUGCCUGAGGAGCUCAUGGCACAAGGGCUCACGCUGACGGUGGAGGACUACGUGCACGUGAUGACACAACUCGUGAACGACGAGCGCUUCAAGCUGUUCAACAUCUGCUACAAGAGGAUCGUCAUCGCCUGGAUCAUCCUGGGCUUCUUCAUCCUGCUCUGCAUCUUGUUCUUCUCGGGGGGCAAGCAGCUCGAGCUCUUCGGUGCUGGCAUCGCCUGGCUCCUUCUUAACGCCGCCGCCAUAUUCCUAUGCAUGUGGAUCAAGAUCAGGCUGAACCGUGGACUAGAGCGCUGCAUGGCCGGCAUUAACCUGCAGCUCAUGAAGCACAAGAUCUUGCUCGGUCUGGACGACCGCGGUAAGCUCAGCUGCCAUAAAGUCAACCUCUGCUUCAUCUACUUCGACACCACCGACUGUCUCACGAAACUACAGCAGCUGAUCGACGACGACACGCGCAGCUCAGCUGCAGCUGCUGCAUCAGGCGCAGCAGGCGAGCGGCCGUCCCUGCAGAGUCGCCUGGACAUCGAUGACCCCGACAUCAUCAUCUCAGGCGCCACCAUCACCCGCAUCUCCCGUGACCAGGACCGCUCGCUGCUGCUGCUCGCUCGGUACAGUCAGCGCUGGGCCAAGAACUACCUCAGGAAGAGGCUUGACUGGGCCUUCGAUGCCCUCGCCCGGGUAGAGGGUCUGGCGCCCCCAACGCCCCCCCGUCACCUCAGCACUGCACGCUGCCUCUGCCAGUACAUCGAGAGCCACCUCGGCCUCAAAGACUUGCUCAAACAAAAGGAACUUGCCUCGAAAAAUUCCGGGUGCUGUGGCACCAUCCGCAGCUUCUUCAGGGAGGUCGAAGCCCUCUGAAAACAUUGUAAAGCAGAACGUAUGCUGAACAUAAAUAUUCCAUUUAAAGGUGAAACUUGCCAUUGCAUUCCAAAACAAAUAAAAAGAAAGGUUUAUAUUGAGGAUUGUCUUGAUUUGUUUCAAUGUAUUACCGAGGCGAACUAUACAGUCCAACAAAGUCAGACUUUGUCUGACUUAUCGCCUGAUGUCAAUUUAUUACUGUAAAACCAUUCAAUAUUAUUACAUAUAACUAAAUAAUAAUUAUUAAAACCGGUACAAUAAUUUAGGAAGACCAUUCAUAGACAAAUUAAUGUAUUGUGUGCUGGAAGUUAAGUCUUGAUCUUCUAUUUAGUGAAGCUGCAAAUCUAACAAACGAAGUAUGUGAAUGUGUUUGGCAUGGCUUACCUAGCGUAUUACACAGGGCCAAGCCUGUACCUGUGCCUUAGCUCGACGGAUCUGAUCUUGAUCUGAUAUAACAUGAGAAAGAUCUGAUAUGGCGAUCAAUGCUCGGUCAAAUUAGAUAGAUUUGAAUUUGUUCUAACCGAUUAUUAAAAAAACACAUCGGCUCUGCGAUGCAAGUCCAGCAUAUCGGUGGUGGAGAGCCCAGAUCAUGUCGAUGUAUCCAGAUAUAUUGUGCGUUGUUAAAAAGCCUUGUUAAUAGGCUCGUCAUUUACCAGGCUACCCCGACCUCUUCUUGAUAAUCAGCGAGCGUCAAUUUUAUGCGUAAUGAUUUAAAGGUAAUGGAGGUCGUGAAUAGCUUUAUCUUUUUGUUUUGCUAGCUAAAAAUUGCUUCAAUUGUUUAAAUGAAAUAUGGAAGUAUGUAAUGGAUGCUUUUAUGUAAAUUAUUCUGCUAUAUGUAGAGUAAGUAAUUAUUUUAAAUAGUCACACUUCAGCUUUACUUGCCAGAAUAUCUGACCAUGCAAAUGUAAACAAACCAUUAAGUUGUAUUAUCAGUAUGGCCAACAAUAAGCAUGUUUUUAAAAUACAAAUAAAAUAAAAUAACUUUCACAAGAUUAGGGUUACAAAGUCUAAUUAAUUAGGAACAAAUCAAUAUCUUGAACAAAUUGCUGCUGUUCACACGCUGUAUAAAUAGAGGCAACACAAUUUAAGACAAUGUAAACAAUUGAUCAUGUGUACAUCUUUCAUUGAUAAACUGAAUGGCUAAAUUAGAACAAAAAUUUACUGCACUUUCCGGAGACAAUAUUUUGCACGGAAUGCCAAUUAACGAUAACCAUGCUGUUAGGGUAAGGAGGAAUAAAUAUGUAGCAGUGAUUGUCAACAAUAAACAUGCUGUUAGAAUAAGAAGGAAUAAAUAUGUAGCAGUGAUUGUCAACAAUAAACAUGCUGUUGAAAAACGAUGGAAUGUAUAUGCGUUUGCAAUUUGCAUAAAACACGAUGUUGAGAACAUGAGCAAUAAACAAGCGUGAGUUCUACGCGAAUCUUAGUUUUACAUGUAAUGUAGUCCGUCCAUUCAUAUGCCUUAUAAAUUAAGUAUUAGCGUUAGUGAAUAAGUCUAGGUUACGUGUUAUAAGUUACGGCCGCUCGUCUGAAAAGCAAUCGUCAAUCUUAGUCUAAUAUUUUAUUGUAGAGAAGUUUCUGUAUUAUAAAAUAUUGUCUACUUAUACUUGGGUUGAAUUUGAAUAAGUCUAAGAGACUUAGAUUCCGAAGGAGUCGUCACAUGCACGUUUAUUUAAGAGAUAAGGAUGAAGUGAACUUGUUAAAUGCAAGCUGCCUUAAACUAAACCUAUGUGAGUAAUCAUGUAAAGAGUUCGCUGGACAGAAUUUGCUGCACCAAGGAUAUUUACGAAUGGGAUUUGCGAAUUGUCGGGUGCCAAGUUGUUCGUUAAAUGAAGUGUAAGAGGAUAUUGUUAACUGAACGAGACAGAAAAAGCUAGGUUUUAGAGCUUA